AUCUGAGCCCCGGGGUGGAGUUUGGAAGCCUGGGGGGAGGGCAGAGGGGAAGAGGGGUCAUUCCAGUGGCCCAGCCAUUUCACGUGAUGGAGGGCAGGGCUUCGGGAGCAGAGGUAGACUGGGUGCUGUGGUCCCGGCCCUGGGAGUGAUUGGAGGAGAGGGCCUGUCCUGGGGGGCCGGAGGGCUGGGAGGGUGGGGCUCCCGGGACCCUCCCAGCCCGGGCUGGCUGCGAGCAGGAAUGUGGGACCCCACAUCUCCCUGCCUUCCUCCCUGGCUGCUUUGCUCCCUGUGCAGAGCCUGCACUUGAGAUCUCUGUGCCUUCUCCCUCGGAGGGCAGAGAUCUCUUCCUCUCUGGAAGUCAGCCCCCACCCCCUUCUCUUGGAGCGGAGAGCCCUCUGGCCCCGGAGGGCAGCUCUGCACGGUCAGGACCAGGUAGGUCCAGCCUUGGAAGAGAGGGCAAAGACAGAGUCUUCUCCUCCCCUGCCAUCCUUGUUACUCCCCAGCCCGGCUGGCAGAGGACCCAAGCCCGGAACCAGAGACAUGGCCCCUGGCAGCCAGAGACGCUCGUCCCAGGACUUGGUGACAUUUAAGGAUGUGGCUGUGGACUUCACCCAGGAAGAAUGGUGCCUCUUGGACCAUUCUCAGAAAGAGCUGUACAAGGAGGUUAUGCUGGAGAAUGUCCAGAACCUGCUGUUCCUGGGGCUUCCAGGUGCCAGAGAAGAUUUGAUCUCCUAUUUCCAGGAAGGGGAACACCAUGGAUUCUGGGGGAAAGGCCCAAGGAACUUUUGUCCAGACUUACGGUUUCCUUUCUUUUAUCUGAGGCAAGAGGGUAUAAGUAUAUUUGUGUGUGCUAUAUCUAUCUAUAUUUGUUUGUUUGUUUCUUCAGAUUCAGUGGCCAGCUUUGAAGUGAAUGAGAUUCCUGCAAACCUGAGCAUUUCUGUUGGAGAAUCUGGCCAGCAGAGAUUGAUGAGUAUUGGUCCCUGUGACUUCAGUUUUAUAGAAAUCUCUGACUCUGAUAUCAAGAUAGAUAAAAAUCCAAAGAAUCCCUGUGAAUUUGAUGAAGUUGGAAAGAGUUUGACACAAUAUUCGGUCAUAAGUCAAUGUAAGACAUUGACCCCAAGGAAUGACUGUUUUCAGUAUGGUAUAUAUAGAGAAUGCUUUACUGAACAGGUAGAGCUUAUUCAGUCUCAUGAGAAUCUUCCUGAAAUGCAAAUCUAUCAAGGUAGUCAAUGGAAAAAGCCCUUCGGUUUGAAUUCCGACCCAGCUAAACAUCAGAAACGUUAUACUGGCAAAAAGCUUCAUGUAGGUAAUGAAGGAAGAAAGACCUUCAACCAGAACCCUAAGAUCAUCAACCAUCAGAAGAAUCACAUUCGAAAGAAAUCUCAUGACAGUAAUGAGGAAGCCACAACAGCCUUCUCAUCUCUUCCUUACCAUCCUACUUUUCCUCCUGGAAUGAAAACAUUUGCUUGUAAUCAGUGUGGGAAGAGCUUUUAUUGGAACCCAGAUCUUGUUAGACAUCAGAAGAUUCAUACUGAAAAAAAGCCUUAUAAAUGUAAUGAAUGUGGGAAGAGCUUCAGCUACAAAUCCCUCCUUAUUAGCCAUCAGAGAGUUCAUACUGGGGAGAAACCUUAUGUGUGUAAUCAGUGUGGAAAGGCCUUCCACUACCGAGCACUCCUCAUUGGCCAUCUGAGAAUUCACAGUGGAGAGAGACCCUAUAAAUGUAUCCAUUGUGGCAAAGCUUUCCAAAGCAGCUCUCGCCUUUCUUCCCAUCAGAGAAUCCACACUGGAGAGAAACCAUAUGAAUGUAGUCAGUGUGGAAAGGCCUUCACCCAGAGCUCCCAUCUCGGUGCCCAUCAGAGAAUCCACACCGGGGAGAAACCUUACGAAUGUACUCAAUGUAGAAAAGCUUUCCGAUUCCGUUCUGGUCUUGCCUCCCAUCAGAGAAUCCACAGAGAGAAACCUUUUAAAUGUAAUCAGUGUGGAAAGGCUUUCCAAAGCAGCUCCCGUCUCGCUUCCCAUCAGAGAAUCCACACUGGAGAGAAGCCUUAUGAAUGUCAUCAGUGUGGGAAGGCUUUCACCCAAAGUUCCCAUCUUGGUACACAUCAGAGAAUCCACAGUGGAGAGAAACCUUAUGAAUGCAAUCAGUGUGGAAAGGCUUUCAGUUCCAAACUUGAUAUCCAUCAGAGAAUCCACACUGGAGAGAAACCUUAUGAAUGCGAUCAAUGUGGAAAAUCUUUUAAAUACAGCUCCCAUCUUGCUGCUCACCAGAGAAUUCACACGGGAGAGAAACUUGAAUGUAGUCAUUGUGGAAAGGCUUUCCAAAGCAGUUCCAGUCUGACUAUACAUCAGAGAAUCCACACGGGCGAGAAACCUUAUGAAUGUAAUCAGUGUGGAAAGGCUUUCCAAUGUAACUCCAAUCUUGCUGGCUUGGCUCAACAUCAGAGAAUUCACACUGGAGAGAAGCCUUAUGGAUGUAAUGAAUGUGGAAAGGCUUUCAUAGAUCGCUCCUAUCUUGCUGUCCAUCAGAGAAUUCACACUGGAGAGAAGCCUUAUCAAUGUAAUGAAUGUGGAAAGGCUUUCAUAUAUCGAUCCUACCUUACUGUCCAUCAGAGAAUCCACACUGGAGAAAAGCCUUAUGAAUGUAAUGAAUGUGGAAAGGCUUUCACAUGGAGUAACAGUCUUCGUGAACAUCAGAGAAUCCACACUGGCAAGAAGCCUUAUAAAUGUAAUGAAUGUGGAAAGACUUUCACACAGAGUGACAAUCUUUGUGAACAUCAGAGAAUCCAUACUGGAGAGAAGCCUUACAAAUGUAAUGAAUGUGGAAAGGCUUUCAUAUAUCACUCCUGUCUUAAUGCACAUAAGAGAAUCCACUCUGGAGAGAAGCCUUAUGAAUGUAAUGAAUGUGGAAAAACUUUCACACGGAGUGACAAUCUUCGUGAACAUCAGAGAAUUCACACUGGAGAGAAGCCUUAUGAAUGUAAUGACUGUGGAAAGGCUUUCACAUAUCACUCUUAUCUUAUUGCACAUCAGAGAAUCCACACUGGAGAAAAGCCUUAUGAAUGUAACGAAUGUGGAAAGGCUUUCACAAAGCGCUCCUACCUUGUAGUACAUCAGAGAAUCCACACUGGAGAGAAGCCUUAUGAAUGUUAUGAAUGUGGAAAGGCUUUCAUGGAUCGCUCCUACCUUGCUGUCCAUCAGAGGAUCCACACUGGAGAGAAGCCUUAUGAAUGUAACGAAUGUGGAAAGACUUUCACAUCUCACUCCAGUCUUGCUGUCCAUCAGAGAAUCCACACUGGAGAGAAGCCUUACAAAUGUAAUGAAUGUGGAAAGGCUUUCACAAAGCGCUCCUACCUUGUAGCACAUCAGAGAAUCCACACUGGAGAGAAGCCUUAUAAAUGUAAUGAAUGUGGAAAAGCUUUUAAGGAUCGCUCCUACCUUUAUGUCCAUCAGAGAAUACACACUGGCGAGAAGCCUUAUGAAUGUAACAAAUGUGGAAAGACUUUCACAUCUCACUCCAGUCUUGCUGUCCAUCAGAGAAUCCACACUGGAGAGAAACCUUAUGAAUGUAAUGAAUGUGGAAAGGCUUUCACAAAGCACUUCUCCCUUGAAGUACAUCAGAGAAUCCACUCUGGAGAGAAACCUUAUAAAUGUAACGAAUGUGGAAAGGCUUUCACAAAGAGCUCCUGCCUUGUAGUACAUCAGAGAAUCCACACUGGAGAGAAGCCUUAUAAAUGUAAUGAAUGUGGAAAGGCUUUCACAAAGCGCUCCUCCCUUGAAGUACAUCAGAGAAUCCACAGUGGAGAGAAGCCUUAUAAAUGUAACGAAUGUGGAAAGGCUUUUAUAGAUCGCUCCUAUCUUGCUGUUCAUCAGAAAAUCCACACUGGAGAGAAGCCUUAUGAAUGUAAUGAAUGUGGAAAGGCUUUCACAAGGCACUCCCAUCUUGAUGCACAUAAGAGAAUCCACACUGGAGAGAAGCCUUAUGAAUGUAAUGAAUGUGGAAAGGCUUUCAUAUAUCGCUCCCAUCUUGCUGUCCAUCAGAGAAUCCAUACUGGAGAGAAGCCUUAUGAAUGCAAUGCCUGUGGAAAGGCUUUCACACGGCGUGAAAGUCUUGGUAAACAUGAGAAAAUCCACAUUGGACAGAAACCUUCAGAGAAAGCUCAAAUCUUGCUUAGCAAUAGAGAGAGCACAUUAGAGAAACUCUUUUAAGUGUCUGAAUCAUGGUAAAAUUUUUAAUAUAUAUUAGUCCCUGAUUAGACAUGCGAGAUCCCAUGUCUAGAUGUAAAACCUCAUUCAUCUAAUCCAUAUGGGAAAACCUUCAGGCUCACUUCAUCCCUGAAUUGCCUCUAGAAAAUUCCUAGAAGAUUGAAAUCAUGGAUAAAGGCAUAAAAAUGGAGGACAGACCUUGUUAGUCAGCAGGGAUUUUCUGCUUUGGAAGAAGUCUCCUAUGGAUUUGGCACGGGAAGUUCUUUCACCCAGGUUCAUCUCUAAUUUUACAUCUGAGGAUACAGAGUGAAGGGAAGACUUAAAAAUGUGCUGAAGAAAAACUUGCCCUUACCUGCAAGAUUAGAGUCACUAUAAAUGAUAAUAUUCAUACUGGAAAGAAACAUUAUACAAAAUAUAUUUGCAGAAAGGUUUUCACCUGGAUCUCAUCCUUUGUGGAGAAAUCUUGCUACAGAUGAAACAUGUGAAUAUGAUGAAUGAGGGAAGACCUCUUCCUACAGCACAGAUCUCAUUAGACAUUGCAAUUGUUAAGAGACAGGUAAUUCUCUGAGAGCCUCCACAGCUGUGAAUCAUAACAUCUGAAGGAGUUUCAAGGCAGCCUUUGCUGACACAGGUGUUGCAGACUGGGAAU